GUUUCUUCCUUUCCUUGAGUUUUCAGUUUCAGUCUUUUCAGUUCAGUCGUGUGUGCGAAUUUCUCGGGGGCGUGUGCGUCGUUCUCUGUUUCUGUAUUCUUGUACUUUGUAGUAGUUGUCGUUUUCAUUUGGAAUCUGGACUAAACUCUUGCUCCACACCUGAAUGAAAAAAACAUUACUUUCAGAGUGUAUCUAUUAUCUUUUGGGGGUGCUUCCCAUUUCCAUUGUCAUUCCCAUAUUAUUAACAUAGAACUGAAAUGAAAAAUCAGUGAAAAAGAAGUGUUGUUGUCAUUUUUUUAUAUAUUUUUCUAGAAUUUAUUAAAUCACAAAGAGAGUAAAGUUCUAAUAAGUAGAAUAUAAUAAUAGUUCUUUUUGGUUAGUAAAGUUAAGUUUGGUUGUGAGAGAUGGGUUCAAAGUCGUUGCAGCAUCCGGCUUUGCUGCGGGGUCGCCGUGGGUGUUAUGUAUCGUUGGCAUGUUCAAUCGGUUCCAUUAGCAUCGCGUGUGGCAGCUUGCUGCAAAUCCAAAAUUCCACCGAUCGAAUCUCGUUGCAACGAGGUCUCUUCCUUACUUCGAUGGGAUUCAUUUAUUUUGUGUCGUUGACAGACUUUUUCAACAAGUAUUUGUUGGAAACACCACAAGGAAUAAAAUUUCGUAAAAAGUAUCGACUUAUGAUGUCUGAUGUCAUGGAAAUCACUAAUAAAAUUGUUUCAGCAGUGCAAGCAGCAUUCUCCUUUCUAGCUGGCUUAAUUGUCUGCAAAUCAACAUGCAGCAAAUCAUUUGUCUACGCCUCACAUUUUUUCAUGGAAGCCUAUGCCUGGUUUGGCACAGCUUACUUCAUGUAUGACAUCUGGUCCAUGUACAAGGUGCACACUCAAAAAAUCUCCGAUAAACUAAAGCUUAUGAAAUUAACAUCGAAUCCGGCGUUUACACCAUCGCCAACACUAAAUCACACUACAAAUGGUCUCUAUGACAAACAUAUUGCAGCUAAUGCAAGGAAAUCAUUUGCUUCCUCAUCAUCUUCCACAACUUCCUCACCAACAGCAAGUCCAAUUGAUGAAACAUCGCCGCUAUUCCAUAAGCGUCAUCAUGAGGAUGAAAUUUAUGAUUAUGAUGGUGAACCAAUUCAGAUUCCAGAAGGUGGUAAUUGGGAUUUUCUUAAGUAUGUGAUUACACAUCCAGUGAUGAUGAUACAUCAUGUGUUUAUUGGAACAUUUGGAUUGCUAGUUGUAACGUACAUUCGUGGAGGUGGUCAUUGCAUUUAUAGUUACAUGUUCAUGAUGGAAUUCUCGACGCCCUUUGUCUCAUUGCGCAGCAUUCUCAGUACAUUAGGAAUGAAGGAUUCACGAACAUACAUUGCCAAUGGCCUUGUUAUGUUGGGCUCAUUUUUCCUUUGUCGGAUUUUUAUGUGGCCAUAUGUGUUUUACAAAUACAGCGAAGUGAUUAAUAGUUCAUUUAUUGAUUCAAUUGCAACAUUACCGCGUGGAUGCAUCAUCAGUAUAUUAAUUCUCUUCCUUCCACAAGUGUAUUGGUUUUUCCUUAUGUUGAAAGGAGCAUUAAAGGUUUUUAUGCCUUCAAAAAAUAAAUCCUUUCCCAUAACAAAACACAAAGAAUCUAAGAACAAUAAUCUUUCACCAAUGACAGACAAUUCUCAACAGUUUUUGUCGCCGCCAUUAUUAAAGAAUUGUAAUCUUUCCAAGUUAUGUACCACCAAAUCCACUCCCACCGGAAUUGACCUUACAACAAAAACAACUACAACUACAAAUGGUAAAAAUUAAGAAUUGUGUUUGACCACAAUCGUUAUCGUUAAAUAAUUUGUUAGUAUUUUUUUUUUUAAUUUUCUUGUUCUAAAAAUCUUAAUUUAAUUAUUUAAUUCUUGUUUUUUUUGCUUAGUUUUAUACAUAAAAAAUAAUAAUUUAAAAAAAUAUAAAACAAAAACAAAUGAAAUUAAAUUAUUCAUAAAAUCAUGAGAUAAGCAUUAAUAAAAAAUAACUAAAUAAAAGACAACUACUACUGAAUGUAAUGAUAAAUGAAUGUAACAAUUUAAUAUAAUUGUAUUUAUAAUUUUACAAAGAUAUGUAUGCAUUAAAAAAAUUUAAAAAAAAUUAAGGGUCAUAAUAGAAAGUUAAUAAAAACAUAGAUUUUACACAUUAGAUGAAAUAAUUAGAACAAAAAAAAAGUCAUUAUGCCAAAAGAAACAAAAAAAUCCAUUAGUCAUUAUGCUACACGAAAAUAAACAUGACCUACAAAUUGUCUUUCACACAACGAUGUUAGGAGUAUUUACUCAUUUCUUUAAACCUACUUAGUCUGUAGGAUUCAAUAAAAAUAAACAUAGCUCACCAAACCGAAGUGAGGAGUUUACAUACAUAAUACUAGUAGAUUAAUCUAAUUUAAUCUACUACUUUUUUUUAUGUGAAAACGCUUUAAUUUUGAUUUCUUUACAAUAAAUUUCGUUAUAGAGUCGUGAAUCAAAAUCUGAGAUUCUUAGAAUAUUUCGUGAAUCAUCAUUACCUCUUGAGAAUUUCGAGGAAGUUUUCCCAGAUUAAACCAAGCUGAAUUAUUGGUUGUAAAACCAUUCGUUUAGAAUGAAUGUCAACGGCAAGACGAAAUACAGGGCCAAUAUCUCCCCACCCCCACCAUUCACAAAUAAUGUAUAUUCUUUUGACCAGGUUGCUAUGUGUAUGCUAUAAAUACUUAUAUUUGGUUAAUACAUAAACUGAAACCCGAAUGUCUUUCGUCUGAAAUGAAUAGAGGCUGAAUAAUUGUAGAGGAGGUUGUAAAUAAACUUAACGUAAGUUCCUCACAUUUAAGGCUUAUCUCAGGGUUGACUUACCCACAAGCAGGGUCAACUUAGGCCAUGUAAGUGAACACAGCCCUGGCGUUGAUUGAUAUUUGGGGUGUAAGAAGCACUUGACCUGAGCUGGUUUCUCAUAUAUGUAUAACUCCUCCUGUAGUUUAAUUCCUUUCACGAAAUUGGACUAUUUUGGGGUAUUGUCAUAGAGAUUAAUUUUUCCUCUUCGAUCUGGUAGUAACCUAGGUGUUUGAAUCAUUGGUGUAUUAGUGCAUUGCAACUUCUCAGAAUGUGAUCUAAAUGUUGCACUAUUUACUAGGUUGUUCCUUCUUAGCUUACAGUGGCCCGUGAGGAAACCAGUGAUUAUCCUGAGGUUGUUCUUCUAACCACAGGGAGGACAGUGAGCACCAACCGCAGUAGGUACUAUAAGGUACUAUAAAGGCCUCUUCCUGUGAAGAUAUUCAGACACGACAAUAGGCUUAUAUGUUAUACCGAGGUUCCGUCAGAUUGCAGACCCUGUCUAUGUCAGGCCAGGAUCUAACUAAAAUUUUACUAUAGCCAUUUUCUUCGCAUUGCCAUAGCGCUUAAAAAUAAGAUUGCCUCCUAAUCUUCACAGAGUUCUAGAUCUUAUUUAAUUUUGUUUUAUUUUUAAUUUAAAAAUGCGUUUUUGUUUUAUUUAAAUGAAUUGUUAGUUUAUAACAUAUACCAAAAAUGCAAGAAAUGGAAAAUGUUCUGCGGAAACGGGAAGAGCGGCUGCACAGUCUCGGACCAGGCUAAGAGUCAAAAUUUAAUUGGAGCUUUACACAAAAUUUCCCGAUGGAAGAAAAAUAUUCCUGGGAAAUAAAAGAUUUCCUGGAGAUUCACGCUAAAAGCCCAUUGUUUUUAAUGAUGUACAUUUGAACAAACAUAAGAAAGAGGAUAUUUUUCAGUCAAAUGAAAUGCUCUUUUCCUAGACAUUGACAGAGAAAACGAACGACCGUCUCUAUCUUAUUGGUCCAAAAAUAUACGACAGUACGUAUUGUCCGGUAUAACCAGUUUUGCCGCAUGUUCUUCUAUCGGCCAAUAUCCCCUGCAUGUUUCAACAAUUCGGGGGUGACAUUCUGUAUCGCAUAAGCGAACAAACGUUUUCGCGUGUGCGAAAAGAUUUGCUUCAUGUGAAGCUAUGUUUUUCUAGAUCUGAGGGAUAUAGCAGGUGGAGUAGAUCUUUCUGAAUAUAAAGCUGUUAGUCAAUCUAUAGCUACCUCAUGAUUUGCUACUGGUAGGUAAAUUGUGAAAAAAUAUUCCACAUGCAACUCAUGAAGGGUCGUUACUUUGGAUUUGUUGUACGAGCAAGGUUGGGUGUGCACAAAGUUUAUUUUGGAAGAAAUUUUUUUGCUUAUGGAUGCAGUUUAACGUUUCAGAUAACUUAGUGUUCUAAAGCAAAUUUUAAGUUCCUUAACUUUAAAGAAAACACCAGUUCGUUUGCCAAGAAUUUUAUUUAAAUAUCUUCCUUUAGGUUUACUUGCUCAUAAAGUAGCAGAGUCAUGGCUUUCAAAUUUUUGCAGUUGUACAUUUUGUGGUUUUUGAUAUAAUGUGUUCCUUGCACAAUUAUUUAGUUUUUAUAAUUUGAAUUUUAACUUGAUUUGUGGUAAAAACUAAAAAACAAGUAGAUGUUAGUACAUUUUUGAAUCUCGUAUUUUGUUAUUUUAUUCAUCAGCUUAACUGAAGAGUUAAGCACAUUUUUACUAUAAGAAAUUAUAAAAAAGCAUACCUCUACUUGAUGCAUUUUCUAUUCCUAUUGUGUAAACUUUCUAUUCAACCCUUGACAUUGCCACCAAUAACUUUCAUCAAUCACUCAAUAUGCAAACGAAAAAAAUAUGAAAAAAAAAUUGAACAAAAUAAAACAAUAUGCCUACAAAUACCUGAAAAUGAACAAAAAAAAAAUUGUUAAUAUAUCUUAAGCACAAAAUAAAAAAGUCCUAAAGCUAAAGUUUAAAAAAAAAUAAGAUUUGAUGAAAUAAAACAAAACAAACAAAUAAGAAAAAAUUAUUAAUAACAUGAAUCGAAAACAAAGAAAUAAAAAAAUGUUUAUAUAAAUUAACAUACAUACAAAAUGUAUAAUGUAUUUACACAUGGUAACUUAGCAAAUAACGAGCUUAAUGUUGCUUCAAAAACAAUCAAAUUCACAUUUUAAAUAAUAAAUAUUUAUGUAUAACGUUCAAAGCAUUUAACAAUAAUUUUUAAAAAAUUGAGUAUAAUGAAUAAGAUCAAAGAAAAGAUUGUUUUUUUUUUGGAAAGCUAGAGAUUCUUUUAAAAUUAAAAUGUAUGGCUAUUUUAGCAUUUAAAAAUUAUGUAGUUACCUUUAAGAAGCUAUAAAUAUGUCUUGAACAAAGUUUUUUUUAUUUUUGUUUCACUCUCAUAAAGCCUUUCAAUACUUGGAAGUCAACUAAUUCUUUAGUAUUGCGAGGGUUUAAAAGUCCACCUUUAUUUUUUUGCAGCGAAUUCCCCUCGUUUGGUUACAAGAUCCGAGUAGUGCUUCCUUGUUGAUUUAGGUAUGCAUUUGCAGUUACAAUAUGGUACCUAUGAGGCAUUUGGAAAGUUAUUAGUCAUUGAACUGUAAAAAUAUCGCUAAAAAGUGAUCGCAUAGAAAUGCAAGAGGAGACUCCCUUAAAAUCUCAAUGAAAAAAAAAAAUAAAAAUAAGUUGAAUUUCUAUAAGUGUCUAUGUAUAAGUGUUACAUGAGUUAAAACGAGAUUAGCAGCUUGGACAGAGGAAAAAAAUAUAAUCUGUAUAUCCUGGAUGGUUUUAAUUUUAUUAAACUUAAUAACUAUUACGAAGGGAAGAACAGCUUUUGCAGCGACAUCGUCGUCGAAGUAAUAGUUUGAGGUGAUUUUCCAUAUUUUGGUAAGAUUGAUCUUGAUUUUCGAUCGUAUGACUGCAAAUUUGAACAAAAUCAUUCCCGAAAUGGCUUUUAUUGAGUAAAGUACCUUAUUCGGACCCCUUAGGUGCACCGCAGAGUAUUUAUUUUCACAGCGUAAGAAAUAAAAGAAGCCUAAAAAAAUUAACUUUUUACUAGCAAAAGAUAUAAUAAGCGUUUUUGAGGUGGACUCCAUUUUACUUUGAGUCAUUUUUCCCAAAUAAGACAAGUGAAUAAGUCCCAUUUAAAAAAGGUCUUUUUUGGAGCAUUGUAACAAAUUUUAUUCUUUUAUGGUUUUUAUAGUAUAUUGAAGCUGUUUUUUUUUUUUUUUAUUUAAAAUUUAAUAUUCGGGUGGAAAAACUGCCACGGGAAACUAAAAAUAUGCUGAUAUUUUUCAUUUCGGAAGCGGGGAUGCUCGAAACAGCUUUUUUUAAAGUUACUAGCGCAAAAUUUUAAACGAUUUAGUAAAUUUCUAAAGCCAUUAAGUAAAAGCUGUAUGCUUUUCGGCUUAGUAACUUACUAAAAUGGCUUUAGCAAUUUACUUAAUCGUUUAAAAUUUUGAGCCACUGACUUAUUAAACCAAGUUAUUGGUAUUAAUUAAUCAGCUUUGCAAUAAGAAUUCUACAUAAAGAGGAAUUUGGAAGAAGCCAAUAACUUACUGAGAAUUACUUCCCCUGUUUUCUUUCGGUCAAAAUGAGUUGGGAUAAAAGCUAUUGGCCAAUUUGAAGCUAAAGAACAUCAAAUUUUAAAAUCAUUUUGGAUUUAGAGCGUUUUCGUUAAAAAAUUGGCGUGCUCUGCCUAAUUCUCACUAAAACAUAUAGCUAACAGCGAUACUGACUUCAAUUGAGCAAAGUUAAACAUUAUUUAAUUUUAAUUGAAAUCUAUCUUUCCAAAAUAAAAAAAAAUAGACGUAAAUCAUGGAAUGCAUUUUCUAUACAAUUUGGUUAAAAAAAAAAAAAACUAAAUAAAAUAAACUCACAACUAAAAAAAUAUUGUAGGUAUGUAAUUGUUACUGUGAUAAUUCACCAGCAGGAUCUAUUGCAUUCUUAUUAAAUAAAAAUAUAACUUAGCUCUAAUAAGCGUAACAAAAUAAAUAAAUCGGUGUCAUAAAAUACAAUAAAUAAUAAUAAAAAAAAAACAAA